AUGACCUUGAUAGAGAAUACCAGCACAGAAGUUCUCGGAGACAGUUCUAAAAGAAUAUUACUGGAUAUAAUCGGCCAACUGACAUCUGGUAUGGAACUAGGCAGAAUUUCGCUGCCUGUAUUCAUUCUUGAGCCCCUCAGCAUGUUGGAGAGGAUUACAAACUUUAGUGCACAUCCAAACUUACUACUAGAAGCUAUUGAUGAUGACGACCCGGAGUCCAGAUUUAUUUCGGUAGUUCGGUACUUUUUAUCAGGUUGGCACAUCAAAGCUAAGGGAGUGAAAAAACCAUACAAUCCUGUACUUGGAGAGAUUUUCCGCUGUCAGUACAAAUUUGAUGAUGGAAGCAAAGGGUAUUAUUUUGCAGAGCAGGUGUCGCAUCAUCCGCCGAUUUCAACCUACUUCUUCGCCAAUCCACAAAAAGGACUCGUUAUACAAGGAGACUUACGGCCGAAGAGUCGAUUUCUGGGCAAUAGUGCUGCAACACUGAUGCAUGGUUCCACUCGCAUUAAUAUGCUUUCCAGGAACAGCGAGACAUACGAGAUUACAUUUCCCAACGCUUAUGCCAAGGGUAUUCUGAUCGGAACGAUGCACUUUGAGAUUGGGGGUCACUCAACCGUUCAAUGUAAAGAAUCUGAUCUUGUUUGCUACCUUGACUUUAAGACGACAGGCAUUUUCCAUUCCCACAUGAAUCGUGUACAUGGUCACAUCAAGCGACUAUCUACUGGUCAAACACUGUAUGAAAUCACUGGCGGCUGGGAUGACAAGUUGUAUAUUAAAAAUACGCAGGACAAAGAGGAGAAGUUGUUGCUGGAUGUGAAUGUGCUACACAGACACGAACUAAUUGUCGAACCCGAAGAACGACAAGAGCUAAAUGAAUCCCGACGCUGCUGGAGCCUUGUGACUCAAGCUCUGAAUGCCGGAGACAUGGAAACCGCGACGCAGGAAAAAUGCAAUAUCGAGGAAAGGCAACGUCAAGAAGGCGAUUUACGGGAACAGAACAAAAAAACGUGGUCACCAAAGUACUUUGACUUACAGAAUGACAUAUACACCCUCAAGUGCUACUCAAGUUUAAAUAUGAAUAAUGCCUUAGAAGCUGAAAGCAUGAUUGAGAACACUCUAUUUCAGUGA